AUGCCUGUGAUAGCCGCUAGAACAUUACGACUUGUGCACACCACGGCCAUCAUGCUCUCUACGACGGCCACUCGUGCCUCCGGGACUGACCCGGACACUGCGGCUGCUCGAUUUUCAGACGAGGUCAUGGAGCUGGAAGAGCCGGCGGCGGCGACCACGAACAUCGCGACGACACCCACGGUGUCCUCAUUGCCGCCCCUCAUCUCCAAAAACAGCCUCCUCUCCAAUAUCGGCCUCGGGGGCUAUGCGCGACGGACGCUAGGCAUCUGCCUGCUGAUUGUCGUCGUCUUCCUCUGGACAUUGUCCAACUUCCUAGCGAGCUUUAUAUUCUCCGACCACACGUACGAUAAACCAUUCUUCGUCGUUUACAUCAAUACAUCGCUAUUUGCCAUAUCCCUGAUACCCAUGUUCGUGCGCUACAUGAUGAGAAGCGGGUUGAGCGGGUUGCGCGGCGACCUUGUCCAGCUGUGGCACCAGCGCAACAACCACAGUGCGCACUUUAGCAAAAUCAAGGACGAGGAGGAGCAAGACGCAGUCGACGGCGAAGGCUUGCUGACCAACCAAGACGAAGACGGCAACGUCCCGGGGCCGACCUCCAGGGACACGACACCCGACAAGCUCAGCUUCGCCGAUACGGCCUACCUGAGUCUCGAGUUUUGCAUGCUCUGGUUUCUCGCCAACUACUUCGCGUCGGCUUGUCUCGAGUACACAAGCGUAGCCAGUGUCACGAUUCUCACCUCUACAUCGAGCAUCUGGACGCUCAUAUUCUGCGCGCUAUUCAAGGUGGAGUCAUUUUCGCUACGCAAGCUCUUUGGUGUCUUGGCAUCACUCAUUGGUAUUGUCCUGAUCUCGACUGUGGACCUCACCGGAAACAGCGAUGAGAAUCGGGGCUCUUUUCCGCACAAGACUACGGGCCAAAUCGCGAUUGGUGACGCGAUGGCUCUGAUCAGCGCUGUUGUGUACGGCAUGUAUGUCACGGUGAUGAAGAGAAGAGUCGGUGACGAAGACAAGGUCGACAUGAGGUUAUUCUUUGGUCUAGUGGGCGUCUUCAAUCUAAUAAUCCUGUGGCCGCUCUUCUUCGUUUUCCAUUGGACUGGUAUCGAGCCCUUCCAACUACCACCUACUGGCAAGAUUUGGGCUAUUAUUCUGGCCAACUCAAUCUCGUCUUUUAUUAGCGACAUUUUCUGGGCAUUCGCCAUGCUCUUAACCACACCUCUCGUUGUCACUGUCGGCUUAUCGCUGACGAUUCCCCUAUCACUGAUCGGCGAAAUGAUCCAAUACGGCCAGUACUCUAGCUUUGUGUAUUGGAUCGGUGCCGCGGUUGUCUUCCUGUCUUUUGUGUUUGUCAGCAACGAGAGCCAGGGCGAGGAAAUAGAGGAGCAAGAGAUGAGGUAA